UUUAAGCAUUUUAUUCUCUGUGGAUAUUUUUUAGGUCUCCUUUAAGUGGAAAGAUGCAUUUGACAAGGGGAGUUUUUUUCUGGGUUCUGCUAGCUUAGCAUUGUCUUCACUUGCAUUUGAGAAAACCUGUAUUCUUUUUAAUAUUGGAGCAAUGCAGAGUCAAAUAGCAUGCAGUUAUAUAAGUGACACAAAAAAUGAUGAAGGUCUCAAGUUAGCUGCAAAGUAUUUUCAGAUGGCAAGUGGAACUUUUCAGCACUUAAAAACACUAGCAUCAUCUCCUGCAAUUGAAGAGCCUACUCCAGAUUUACGACCAGAUACCAUAUCUGCUCUCCAAGCCCUCAUGCUUGCCCAGGCGCAAGAAAGUUUUUUUUUCAAAGCUACAUCAGAUAAUAUGAAAGAUACUGUGAUAGCAAGAGUAGCUUCUCGAGCUGAAGAAUUAUAUGCAGAUGCCUUAAAACUUAUGCAGAAAGAAUCAGUGCAACAUCUUUGGGAAAGGAAAGCUUUGGAUUUGAUGAAAGUUACUGAAACUAAAGGUAUUUUGACUUCUGACUUAAGAGAUUACCAGGCCCGAAUAACUCACAAUUAUGAAGAAGCCAAAAAAGACAAUGAUUUCAUUUACCAUGCACGCAUUCCAGACCAUAAAUCAUUGCCACCUAUUGGGAAAGCUGCAUUGGCAAAACCCAUUCUUCCUGGUGAAAAAUUGAAUCCAAAUUCUCAAGAUUUAUUUAGUGCCUUGCUACCUGUAGCUGUUCAGCAAGCAAUGAGUGCUUUUGAACUUAGAAAAAUGGAAAUAGUGAAUGGUGAGAAAGCAAAAUUGCAGAGUGAAACUCAAAUGCUGAAUGGCAUUUUGGCGUCGUUAAAUUUACCUGCAGCUUUAGAGGAUACAACUGGCAAUUGUUUACCACAGUCUUUAAGGGAGAAAGCUGCAGCAGUUCAAGAGAAGGGUGGCAUGGAAACAAUUCAAAGACUUUUGAAUGAAUUGCCUUCCUUAUUACAAAGAAAUAAUGAAAUUUUGAAAGAGAGUGAACGACUGUUGAAUGAUGAAGAAGAAUCAGAUCAAGAGCUGCGUUCAAAAUUUGGAAGGGAGUGGGUGCGAACACCUUCUUCAAAGCUUAAUGAACCUCUAAAAAGUAACAUUCAGAAGUAUUCUCAGAUUAUAAGUACUGCAGUUUCUGCUGAUGCUAUUGUAAAGGAAAAAUAUGAAAAACAUAAAGAUAAAAUUGCUUUGCUUUGUCUUCCAGAAGAACAAUUAUUGUCUGGCAUUCCCACUGGUAGUCCUUUGGCUUCUUGUCCAUCUGUAGACAAGCUUAAAAGUUUAAUGCAUGAAGUGGAAGCUCUGAAAGCUGAAAGAGAGACAUUAUUGGGAGAACUUGAAAGUGCAGCUACUGAUAUGAAGGCAAAGUUCAUGUCUGCAUUAGGCGAAGGAGGAGUGAAUGAACAAGCUCUUUCAUUAGAAACUCUGGGAGAAAUUUAUGGGCCAAUACAAAAGCGUAUUCGAGAUAACAUUGCAAAACAGGAGCAGUUAGUUCAUGACAUUCAGGUGGCAAAUAAUGAAUUUUCUCAAGAAAAAAAUACUGGGGGUUCUGCUGGUAGGAGAGAAAGCAUGUUAAGUGAUUUGGCUUCAGCUCAUGAUGCAUAUAUGGAAUUACUUCGAAAUUUGGAAGAAGGUUCUAAGUUUUACAACAAUCUGACUGAAGUUCUAGUUAACUUUCAAAACAAGAUUAAUGAUUUUUGCUUUGCUCGGAAAACUGAAAAAGAGGACUUCUGUAAAGAUCUUCAGAAAAACAUAGUGACUGAAGCAAGCCAGCCUACCCCCUUGGCACCUCCCCGUCACAAUGCUGUUCAGAAACCAGCAAGACCACCUCCUCCAACAACCAGUGCAACUACAAGUGCACCUUCUUCACAGACUUGGAGUUAUCCUCCAGCAACACCAGAUGCUGCCUCUCAACAACAGCCACAACAGCCACUGCCUUAUCCUGCAUAUACUGGUUAUCCCUAUCCUUAUCCUCCAGGUCCUAAUGUAUACAAUCCAUAUGGCCAGAUUGUAAUGCCACCAUAUCCACCAGCUCCUGGUUAUCAAGGACAACCACCACUCCAACAGCAACAACAAGCAACAUAUGCUACAUAUCCUCCAACUUCAAAUUAUCCUUACCCCCAACAGCCUUACAGGCCAUGGCCACAAUAGUUGACAUGCAGAACUCUCUGCCUUGAAAUGUGAUUGAUUACUUACAUUGUUAUAAAAUUAUCUUACAAUUUAUGCAAGUGCACAAUAUAAGGCUAAAAAAUAUGAAUUUGAAAUUAAAAUUUUAUGAAAUGAUUCCACUUUAGUUAAUUCAUUUACUUUAACAUUUUUAUAUCAGAAGUAUUAAAAUGUUAUAUUACUCUAAUGCAAAUUGACCAUACAAUUUAAUAUGUGAGUUUCUGCAUAUGGCCUUCCUUUAUAAUGUUGCUUAUGCAUAUAUGUAUGUGCGAUAUGUAAAUUUCCAUAUAGUGUUGAUGCUAUUAAAUUUGAUUGUAUAAAAUAAAGUAAUUUAUUUCUAA